UGCUUACGGGUCAACUCACCCCGCGGCGGGCGGAACGACGGAAAUCUGUCGGAGGUCGGUGGAAAUGAUCCGUGAAUUCGCAGUUAACCCUUCGCCCCAUUACUUACCAAGCACCCUAUCUAUCUGUCUUAACAAUAUUCAAAGAUUCUGCAUCCACUGCUCAUUGAGGUAGAGGGUUUCAAAAAUUUACAACCCUCUGAGAAAAAAAGGUAUAGGUGGGUUGCAGGUCGAUUUGGUUCAGGAUCUAGGCCAAAUGCCAGCUUCAUAUUUAAAGAAUGUCUGAAAAUACAGCAGGAAACAUGCAAUAGCUAUAAAAGAAGACAACCCUAUUAUGCUCCUGAUGAGAGAAGAUUAUGGACAGCCAACACCUGUUUCAAAACACAUAUUCUUGGGAAAAGAAUUCUGUGGACGAAGUUACUUUCCUCCCCUGAUAAUUUAAUGUUCAAUAAUUUGGUAAGAACUUAUGUUACAAAAGCAUAUCCUGUUUUAAAUGGGAAACUUCAUCCAAUUCAUCAACAUGUCUUUGAAUCGAAUUUACAAAACAGUAUGAUCCACAGUAAAAGGUAUUUGGAGCUGAUGAAACAGGUACAGAAAGGUGGAGAUGAAAAAGCGAUCCUGAGGCACACCCAGAGGAAUAAAAAACUGUUGGUCCGAGAACGUUUACGGUUGCUUCUGGACACAGAGGAGAUCCUGGAACUGUCUCCUUUUGCUGGAAUGGGAAUGCCAUAUGGAGAUAUUCCUGCUGCAGGCUGCAUAACUGGAAUAGGUAAAGUCAAUGGAGUUUGGUGUGUCUUCAUUGCUAAUGAUGCAACAGUCAAAGGAGGGACAGUGUACCCAGUUACAGUGAAGAAACAGCUGAGAGCCCAGGACAUUGCAAUUCAAAACGGACUGCCUUGCAUAUACUUGGUGGACAGUGGUGGAGCAUUUUUGCCGCUUCAGGCAGAGAUAUUUCCAGGUGAGAAUCAUGGAGGUAGAGCAUUCUACAAUGAAGCGAUGAUGUCUGCUGCAGGCAUUCCUCAGGUGGCAGUUGUGUGUGGUUCAUGCACAGCUGGUGGGGCAUAUGUGCCAACCAUGGCAGAUGAAACAGUAAUGGUGGACAAGAUUGGGACAAUAUUUCUUGCUGGACCUCCACUAGUUAAAGCAGCAACAGGGGAAGAUGCCACCCCUGAGGAGCUGGGAGGUGCAACCGUGCAUGCAAAGGUUAGUGGUUGCAUUGAUCAUUUUGCAGCUACAGAGGAAGAAGCGUACAAAUGUACCAGGAACAUCAUAGCCACGUUAAAUCUUGAACUUCCACCAAACAUGCCAACUGACUUUGAAGAGCCUCUCUACGCAGCUGAAGAACUAAAUGGUCUUGCUCCAAAAGAUUACACACAUACCUUAAAUAUCGAACUGGUACUGAGUCGUUUGACAGAUGGAAGUAAAUUCUUGGAGUUCAAAGCUUUGUAUGGAACCACGCUGGUAACUGGCUUUGCUCAGAUUAAAGGUUACCUUGUUGGAAUUGUAGCUAACAAUGGAGAACUCACUCAUAAUGCCUCACUAAAAGGCAGCCAUUUUGUACAACUUUGUGACCAGAGAGGCAUUCCUAUCAUAUUUCUUCAGAAUACAAGACCAAAUGUUACAGUGACAGGAACAUUACCCAAGGCUGAAGAUGUUACGAACCAACUUAAGGCCCAAGGCUCCAUGAUGGCAUCUGUGGCAUGUGCCUCUGUUCCCAAGAUAACCAUUGUAAUUGGAGGCUGUUAUGGUGGUGAAAGUUUUGCCAUGUGUGGUAGAUCAUUUGAUCCAAACUUCCUUUUUCUAUGGCCAAAUGCCAGGAUCGGACUAGUUAGCCCAAAUUACUGCUCAAAGUUCCUGGAAAGUGAUGGAGAGAUCCAAGAUGAGGUACAACUGAAGAUCAUGAAGGAAAUGCUGGAGGUUCAAAGCUCUGCUUUUCACUCCUCUUCUCGGAUUUGGGAUGACGGUGUAAUACUACCUACAGACACUCGAACGGUAAUUGGUCGGUGUUUAAAUAUCUUCAAACAGAAACCUCGGUUUCAUUCUCACUUAGAAAGGCAGGUUAUAUUGAGGACAUAAACACAGAACUUGGCCCAAUGAAGAAAGCAAUGGACUUGGAAUUAAUUAUGCUUUUGUUGAUUAAGGAUGGCUGAGCAGACUCAAUUUUCAAAAAGGCAUACAACAAUUAAUAUGGCUUAAGUGCCUGGUUAAAAAAUAAAUGAAUCAUUGUGAUUCUGCAGAAUUCCUAUUUUUUACCUGAGAUGCACAAGUAAUAAACUAGUUGGUUCAGGUUGCUCAAGGUUUCAUGUCCGCAGACUGCAGUCAUUUCAAUAAACUAUAUGUGGUGUGUAUCAAUCAUCUGCGUCUUAGGCAGAACAUAAUUGUACUCAGUUGUAACAAAUGCCUGAAGUGAACAGCUUCUGCAUCCUGCUGUGGCACUUCCUAUCCUCAAACUAAUCGUCCUUUCUUGCUGACCUGAACAAAGAGACCUCGACUGGGUUUGAGACAAUAUGCAUGUAAAGAUGAAGUAAACCAGCCCAAUGGUUGUUUGGCAGAAUUUCUGAAUAUUUCCAUACUAUUUCUUAUGUCUUUUAAGUUAAUUUUAUAAUGAACCUGGAUAAUACUAAAAUGAUGGUAAAUGCUAUCACAGCCAUAACGAAGUGCCUUAGUUAAGAGUCAUUCUGAAGUAUUCACAAAUUUUCUUCUGUAUAGUUCAAAACUGUUGGGAUUGUGAUCUGGCUGAGGAAGGAAUUCUCAGUAAUACAGAAAUGAUGGGUUAUUAUUCCACUAAAAGCCGAGGCACUAAUGCUUAAGUCAAAGCUGUUGAAGACACUGACUCAAAGUGGCAUUCCAUGUCGAAUGGUACUUCACACAACUGCCAUUCUUCCUUGAUUUAUUCUCUGGUUAUGGACGGAGCAUUCAUAGUCGUACUGUUAACUGAGUGGCUAGCCUACCCAUUGAAGAAAGUAUUAAGAGUCAAUCAUUUAAUUGUGAUGCUGUGUUCCCCUUAUGGAAAGACUUUGGUGAAGCAGGUGGAAUUUUGAGAGUCUAGAAACUUUUAUGUAAUAUUUCCUGGUAGAACCCCAGAAAAUGAUCACAUCCAGAUUUAUAGCUUGCCACGUUGGAAUUUGAAUUCAACGCACCAGAACUGGUUCCACAACUCCACUACGCUACUUUAUCCCUUAUAACUGAGUUGUAAUUGAAUGAUCUGUCCACAUUCAUUCGUCAGGCUUGUAUAUGUAAUGACAACGUGAAUGAGGUGGCGAGGGCAGCCAGAGCUUCUGUCAAGAUAGAUUUCAGAAGACUGGAGAGAAACUUGUAUAGAGAUAUGUAUAAUCAAACAUUUGUAUGUUUUCACUUUUGUGCAAUGUGGAAUAUUUGUUAAUGAUGAAUUCCUACAUGUUGUAUCGCUGAA